AUGGAUCGUAAAUGUGGGGAAGGUCUGGGGGACCAGACCUCAACACCCCGGGGUGUUGUGGGCAGGAAGCGGAAGCGCCGAGUUAACCCCAGGUGCUUCGAGAGCGCAAGCUCAUUUCUCGCUCCACACGGCCAGGGCUGGAGGUGGGCGCCCGGCGCUGAGAGGCCAGCAGACCGAUGCUGCACCCGCCUCCCCCAGGCCCUGGCCCUGCGAGGCCCAAGGCCCCAGGGACGGAGAGUUGAACGGAAAUGCUGCAGCUGGGGCAGUCCCCGUGGCUGGAAGGGAGGAAGAGGGGUCUCAGUGACCCCCAUCCUGGGACCUGGCCAAAUGGAGGCUACACAGUUGCCUUGGGCUCGGUCCCCCCCACCUGGGCCUCAGGAAGAGCCAGGUCCAACACUGGCCUUGCAGGACCUGCCCUGCGUCCUAGGGCUCUGGACCCUGCUGGCCCUGCCAGGGGCCCUGGGCUCGGGCCGCGGCGCCGAGGACAGCCCGGGCUCCAGCUCCUCGGUCACUGUGGUCCUGCUGCUGCUGCUGCUGCUGCUGCUGGCCACCGGCCUGGCGCUGGCCUGGCGCCGCCUGAGCCGGGACUCGGGGGGCUACUACCACCCGGCCCGCCUGGGCGCCGCGCUGUGGGGCCACACUCGCCGCCUGCUCUGGGCCAGCCCGCCAGGCCGCUGGCUCCGGGCUGAGCUGGGGUCGCCAGAUGAAGACCCGGAGCGGCAGGAGGACGAGCAGGACGUGGAAGAUGACUACGACCUGGGUGGUGGCCAAGAGGAGCGUGAAUCCCAGGAAGAAGGGCAGUGUGGACAGGGGCCCAGCCCACAGCAGGCCCCGGAGCCGGCCGAGGAAGCCUAUGACGAUCACACCAAAGGGGGCCUGGGCCUCAGCUCCCAGGGGCCGGUGGGCUCAAGGGGCAGUGCCGAGGCCCUGCUGAGUGACCUGCACGCCUUUGCUGGCAGCGCGGCCUGGGACGACAGCACUAGGGCAGCUGGGGGCCAGGGCCUCCAUGUCACCGCACUGUAG